AUGUCAAAUAAAGAACAACUAUUCGUCAUCACCUCGAAUAAAUCAGACAUCAAAUUGUCUCUAGAUUAUGAGUACGAACUCGAUCGCAAUCAAGAAUAUGAAUUGGGAUUAAAGUAUUUCUCUGUUUACAAUUCCAUUAGAAAUAUCAACGAAAAAAAUAACCAAAUAAAAAUAUCAACAGAUAAUGGAGCUACAUUCAAAACCAUACGUUUACUACCAGGAAGCUAUGAAUACAUAGCCAUUAACGAAUACUUAUCUGAAUACGCAGGAAGCGUCAAUGGUAAAAACAACAUCGAAUUCGAAGGUAAUUUGAAUCUAAACAAAAUAAAAUUGAUAUUAAGAAAUAAUUGUCAAGUUGAUUUCAACGUAGAAAAUUCAUUGAAUACGUUACUAGGCUUUGAUAAAAAAAUAUACACCCAAUCCACUUUAGCACCACACAAAGCUAAUAUCGAGAAUGAUAUCGAUGUGAUAAAUAUACAUUGCAAUUUGAUAAAUGGUGGAUUUUUCAAUAAAUACAAACGUCAGAUUAUUUACAGUCUUCCAACAUUCACUGUACCGAUAGGAUAUAGAAUUAUAGAGAAACCAUUUCAAACGACGUAUUUACCACUUAAUUCCUUUAUGAUUAAAAAUAUAAAUCUGGAAAUCAAAGAUGGUAAAAAUAGGUUUAUAGAUUUUGGUAACGAGGAAAUUGUUAUUCAACUUCAUUUAAAACAAAAAAAUUAA